CCUUUCUUUUUGAAAUGCCCGAUUUGGGCUGUUUAUGUUACAAGCGUGAAGUUUGAGAUGAAGUACUUGAGAAAUAAUGGGGUUGCAUUAGGGGUGUUCAACACACGUGGACAUCUGUAAAUGGCUUUGACUGAAAAUGCGGUUAUUUGUCACCGGUAAUUAUCAGGUGGAUGAGGUGGUAACAACCAUACCACAUGGGUACCACCGUUGCUAUGACGAGUCAGCGGUUGUAUUGGUUAACCCCCGCCCCCUCCCCUUCGCGUGAAGUUUAGAUUUCUCUUCCUCAAUUCACGGCAACAAGUCAACGACAAGUCAUGGCUACGGAAAAGGGCCAAGAACUCGAUCUCCAAAAAGUCACCGACGCCUUCAAAGCGUUGCGAAAGAAAGCCAGAGAAUUAGGAAUCAAAGAUUCACAGCUUGCGAAAAUAACGGCUGUGAAAAACCUACAGAAGAAACGACCAACCUGUUCUGUUUUGACGAGCAUUGUUUUCGGCUUGCUUGGAAUCCUUUGUGGAUUGGGUCUAAUUCUGUAUCAACAAGAACUUCUAUCACAUCGUUCGCUGUUCCAAGCUGCUCAAUACAUGCUAGACUUCGAAAUGGAGAAAGAUUUUUGUCUGAUACCGUACCCUGAAAUUAUUUUAGACAUGUUUCGCCCGCCCGUGAAUUGCAGUAUUUGCAAGGAUGUCCAUCGGGUUGACAAAGUGUCUGGGCUAACGAAAGAGGAUUUCGUACGAAGAUACGCUUACACAUCGCGACCUGUUGUAAUCACUGAUGGAACUAAAGACUGGACAGCUUCGCAGCACUUUAGUUUUAACUACUUUAAAUCAAUUUAUGGCCCUGAGAGUCCAGUGCUACUGGCAGAGGAUCAAAAGUGCCAGUUCUUUCCCUACCAGACAAAUUUUAAGUCGCUUCAAGAAGUUUUCAACAUGUCGGACAAAGAUGCAAAUAUGCAAGGGAACCCUUGGUAUAUUGGCUGGAGCAACUGUGAUUCAUCUGCAGCUAAUGAACUUCGGAAACAUUACAAAAUGCCUUACUUUUUGCCGGAGACCUCAGAAUCAAGCAAGACAGACUGGUUGUUUAUGGGAUGCCCAGGUUAUGGUGCUCAUUUACAUAUUGACAAUGUAGGGAACCCAUCUUGGCAGGCCCAAAUCAAGGGUACCAAAAAGUGGACACUGGAGCCCCCUCCAGAAUGUGCCCUUGUUUGUGACCCAAAACUUGAAGUGACGGUCCAAUCAGGGGAGAUAAUUGUUCUGGACACAAACAAGUGGUUCCAUCAGACAGACAUUUUGGGCAAGGAACUGAGCAUCACAAUUGGCUCAGAAUAUGACUAACACCUUUCAAAAUAACUUCCUUGUAUUAAAGUUCUUAAAUUAGUGCUCCUCACUAGUGGCAAAAAUGCAAAAUACCAUUGUACAUGUACAUUUAGUAGCAAAAGAAAGAAAUAUCUUAAAAAUGUCCACAGCAAACGUGUCAUAUAGACUAUACAAUCACAUAAAAAGAAGUCAAAUAUUAUGUACACUAUUUUCCAGCCAUAUUGAUCUACCAUGUUGCAAAGUGUUUUUGAAAGUUGGUUGCUGUUACCAAUUAAUGUCAGACAACAAACAAUGAAUCUAUUUUCUCCUCAGCCCCAUGAAUGCUGAAAUACAACAUAACCCCGUUCACUUCUGUAAAAGACCCAACAAUCUCCUAGGUUGUCCUUUCUUGCCCAGACAAUGACCUUUACUCAGAACGUUAGCUUCUUAAUGAGCUAUAUCGUUCUGAUAUUUUGUUACUUUACGAGAUGUAUACAUCCAUUGUAAGGAGGAUUCAUGCAAAAUAAUUUAGAUGGUGCAGGUUUUAAUAUUGGUUUGAUAGUGUUGUGAUAGUAACACUAAUAGCUAAUAGCUGUUGCAGUGUUUGUACGAUUAAUUAUCGUGCAAUAGUACUGUUUAAAAUUCGAUAAUCUCACGUAAUCAAGGGUAGGGUUUAGAGAUCAACACUCAGUUGGGCUAUUUUUUUGGUCAAGGUUUUAGUUCGUAAAUUUAACAAUGCUCCAAAUGGUAAUUAAUCAGGUUACUUGUAAUGCAGAACAGAAAACGUAUAUUUUAAUUAUAAAGCUACUAUAAAUUAUUAGACGUCUGAAUUUUUGAACAAGUAAUAUAAGAUAUUUAAAGUAAAUAAAAACUACAUGUAAUGUAGCCACCUGGAGAAUUAUUAGGAGCAAGUAAUUGGUUGAAAGUUUGUUUUACUUACUAGUAAAGUAUAUGUAUAGUGGUUCAAAAUGUUUGUUCAAGGCCCUUGUGCUUACUUACAAUUACCCCUAGUGUGUAUCUAGAUAUUUGACUAGUUACCUACAAUUAACUCACAGGUUAUUUUAGGUAUUUUUGUAGCUAUGUCAGAAGCUUGUCCCAUAUAAAAUGGUCUUAAGACGUAUAGUUGACGUCAUUUAGCCCUCUCAUUACUUCAGACAAUAUAGUUGCAAAAUACUACUUCAAUCAAUGGGUCCUUUAUUACGCAAAUUACAUACAUAUAUGCAGUUGAACAGCGUGUAUUCUAUUGACAACUUUUUACUGAUGUUAACUAAACGGUUUUCAGUUCAGUGAACCCAUAAUACUUAACGGGCUACAAAAUCAACUAUAGUACGACGAUUAUGCUUUUUGUUGUA